AUGAGGACGUCCUACCUCUUCGCUCUCUUCACGGGAGUCAAGCUCCUCGGUAAUGCUGACAUCUCCGCGGGACUCAAACGAGUGAAGGCUGCAGCGUCCGACGCUAGUGCUUCCGAAUACAGUCCCAAGGAGCUGCUGGUGGAUCACUCUACCAAUGGAGGAGAACGUGAGAGCCGGUUGCUGGAUGUGGAACUCCUGAAAGAAGUGAUCGCCGCCAGAGCCAAGUCAUUCACAGCCAUGGCGGCUGCGGUGGCGGGCAUAUCGGACGAGGAAAAACGAUUGUACGACCUUCUCGUAUUAAAAGAUUCUGCCCUCACAAAAGGUUGCAAACUCUCUGCAAAACACUACACGGAGGAUGACCUAAGAUCUAUUUUUGAGGAAGAGGGUCACAGGCAUUUAGACGUAGCCCCUAUCCCCGCUGCAAUUCCAGCUUUGCUUGAUGCUCUUCACAACGAAGUGGGCCCAUUAAAUGUGGCAAUCAUGGUCUUGCUGAUGAGAGAUGACCGAAACUGGGCAGGAGCAGCAAAAAUGGUCGAGCGUGCGCAAUUUGUCAAGUUUGCUAUAGAAGGUGUUUCGUCUGAAGAAUUGGAAGUCUACCUGAAUGCUAUGGCGCAUUAUUCGAAAAAGAAGCGAGGCUUCUACUUUGUUAGAGCUGCAGUAGGCAAUUACAGGAAGCUCCUGGUCGACUACGCAAAAAGAAUGCGUAUGCGCCGAGGCCUUAUUAAAAGUGAAUAG